UUCGAGUCACAGACGUACGUAUCGAAAGAAGAUGGGAUCUUUGGUGAAGAAAGAGGAAACGUCUUCGUCGUUGAUGACGGAGUUUUUGGAGAAGUGCGGAGGAUAUGCGGUGGUGGACGGAGGGUUUGCGACGGAGCUAGAACGUCACGGGGCUGAUAUCAAUGAUCCACUUUGGAGUGCCAAGUGCCUUAUUACUUCUCCUCAUCUCGUCACAAAGGUGCAUUUGGAUUACCUCGAGUCUGGAGCAAAUAUCAUCAUUACCGCAUCUUACCAGGCGACGAUACAAGGAUUUGUGGCGAAAGGUUUAUCGGUAGGAGAAGCAGAAAAUUUAUUAAGGAGGAGCAUUGAAAUAACGUGCGAGGCACGUGAGAUUUUCUACAACAGGUGCACCAAAGGUUCAUGGGAUUUCGCCUACGCUGGAACUGCUUCUCGACGACCGGUUCUUGUCGCAGCUUCCGUUGGUAGCUAUGGAGCUUAUCUCGCCGACGGCUCCGAGUACAGCGGGAUAUAUGGAGAUUCUGUGAGCAAGGAGACAUUGAAGGACUUCCAUAGAAGAAGAGUUCAAAUCUUAGCAAAAUCUGGAGCUGAUCUAAUAGCAUUCGAGACUAUUCCAAAUAAGCUCGAAGCCGAGGCUUAUGCUGAUCUCCUUGAGGAGGAAGGUAUUGAGAUUCCGGCAUGGUUCUCAUUCACUUCAAAAGACGGAGUCACUGUGCCACGAGGAGAUUCAGUUGUCGAAUGUGCGAAAGUGGCAGAUUCUUGCAAGAAAGUGGUGGCCAUUGGAAUCAACUGUACUGCACCAAGAUACAUUCAUGAUUUGAUCAUCUCCUUGCGCCAAGUAACCCGCAAGCCAAUUGUUGUCUACCCAAAUAGCGGGGAAGUCUACGACGGUCUGAACAAGAAAUGGAUUAAGUCAGGGGAAGAGUCAGAGGAGGAUUUUGUGUCGUACGUGAGUAAAUGGAGAGAUGAAGGAGCGUCGCUGUUUGGAGGAUGUUGUCGGACUACUCCAAACACCAUCAGAGCCAUUGCUAAAGUUCUCUCCAGUGAAUCUCCCGCAGCGUCAAAACUCAAACUCAAGCAGUAGACUUGUCAACGGUGACUUUCUAUAUAUGCUUGUGGUGUGAGGAAGGAGUUUGAAAUGUACAAUACAAAAGUGUAAUUUUGUAAUCUAUAAACUUAUCUACGUGAAGUUGGGCGGUUGGGGUGUUUAAUUAAUCUGUUCUUUUGUGUGUGUGUGUGUGUGUUAUUAAAUAAAAUACAUAUGUAUCCUUAUGGUGAAACUAAUAUAUAUGAUGGUAA